GUUGGCUGAGUUUCUCGUUAUCUUGAAGCAGCCUCGCUACCUCGAAUAGUCGUGACGUGUGAUCUCCGACUUGGACCUGCGUGCGCCGCAAGCAGCCAUCUUGUACACCACAUGACCUCGUUGUCGUGUCCCGUGACCAGCUCACGUGAAUUUUGACAAAUUCAAACGUUUUUUGGUGGCAAAAAAUGGAUAUUUUGGAGCAGCAUCUUGACCAACAAGAUGUCAGCGGGUCAUCGAGGGUCAAAGACGACGAAACUACAGGCAUAGUGCUCGAAGAGGCGGAAUUUGUUGAUUGCGACGGCGAAGGAGAAACUGUUGGAGAGGAUGGAAUACGCUAUCAGGAAACUCUGGCGUACAGAGUUGUGCAGGUAAAUGGAGGGACGAGUGGAAACGAAAUCGAACUUCCCGUGACACAGGCAGCUAACAGUACAGUGCAGGUCCUUACGUCACCUCUAAAUGGUCAAUUUUACGUUAUUGGAAAUGCCAAUGAAGUCUUUACUACUGCUCAAACGUCGAGGUCAUUGGCCCCUAGAGCAACACUUCAAAUUGAAACACCACGCAACGUCACAACAGGACUUAAAAAGAGAGACGAUAGGCGAAGAGCAACGCAUAACGAAGUUGAGCGUCGGCGUAGAGAUAAAAUUAAUAACUGGAUUGCGAAGUUAGGCAAAAUUAUUCCAGAAUGUAACAGCACUACAAAUGGUAAUGCUACCGUAAGCGGAGAUGGAAAAGCAAACUACGAAACGCAGAGCAAAGGAGGGAUUCUGGCGAAAGCAUGUGAAUACAUAGGCGAGUUACGAGCAGCAAACCAAGGUCUGGGACAGUGCUUACGUGAUAACGACAAAUUGCGACAUGAGAUAACGGCUUUGAAACAACUAGUGGCGCAAUUAAAACGAGAAAAUGCACAAUUGAGAUCGCAAGUCACGUCUCCCACACCAACUUCAGAAGUUCAUCUCAGUCCCUAAUCGAUCUGUGCGAAAUUUUUCUUUGUUUGUACAUAGAUAUUGUUAUGUAAUACUUGACAUCCAUACUAGAGGAUAUGUUUGUCAAUUAACAUCAUUGAUUGUACUUUCCGCAAUGCAGCAAAUUUAGAAUGUGGAAGUCAAUGAAUCCUCGACAGAAACACUCCUUUGUGAUCCAUUGGAAGAAAGGAGCAGUUAGAUUCUUUAGUAUAUACUCAUAUUAAGCUGGUACGAAGCAUCGGUUUGUUUGACACGAUCGAAAUAUGUGAAAAGUGUUGAGUACAGAUUUUAUAGCUCCCCCGAAUACCUUUAAAUUUACUGCGUUUGACAGUGCAUCGUUAUGUGUAGAAUUUUACCUACAAGACUAAUACGGAACUACCCCUACGGCAUUGUGAUUACUAAGGAUUACUGAUUUAUUGCGGUGUGUGAUGUUUUUAUCGGAAAGGCAAUAUUAGGUAUAUCGCUUGAGCAUAAUGGGGUAUAAAGGCUGUGAAAAUCAAUGCCUGUUUUCGAUAAUUUAUCGAAUAUCAGUUGAACGACUUCUUACGAAAGAUACCAGAAAAUUUUUAAACAAAGGAUAAAAUGAAUACAGUUGGAUUUAAGUAUAAAAAUAUUUCUCCAGUUUCGGUCACAGUAGCAGUAAUCAUAAAUACUAAAUGAUAUCUAAAUCUGUUAUAGUUGGUACUUUUUUACUAUCGAUAUUGUUUUUGUACUCUAUAAAAAUGUUUCUGACGACCGAGGCUGAAGAUAUUAGUUAUUUAACCAUUGUCCUACAUAUAGCAAUAUUUUUUUGAUUAAAAAUUCCCUCGA